UUUAAUUUUUUAUAUAGCAAUCCAGAAGCGACCAAAGCCAAGGCCAAAAAUCUGUUCAAGCUUUGUUGAGACUUUAAACUGAGCUUUGCUGAAUUUUCGUGAUCGUCGAGAAAGAAAAUUAUGGGAAGGAAAUUCUUCGUUGGCGGCAAUUGGAAAUGCAAUGGAACCACUGAGGAAGUGAAUAAGAUUGUGAGUACUUUGAAUGCUGGAGAGGUGCCUUCUCAGGAUGUUGUUGAGGUUGUGGUUAGCCCUCCAUUUGUGUUCCUUCCUUUGGUCAAAACUUCACUGAGACCCGAUUUCCAUGUCGCUGCACAAAAUUGUUGGGUCAAGAAAGGAGGUGCUUUCACUGGUGAAGUUAGUGCAGAGAUGCUUGUCAAUUUGAGCAUUCCUUGGGUUAUUAUUGGUCAUUCUGAGAGGAGACUUAUUUUGAAGGAGUCAAAUGAGUUCGUUGCGGAUAAGGUUGCUUAUGCACUUGCUCAAGGCUUGAAGGUGAUAGCUUGUAUUGGGGAAACACUUGAGCAACGUGAAGCAGGAUCUACUGUGGCGGUUGUUGCUGAACAAACUAAAGCAAUUGCAGCAAAAAUAUCAAACUGGACUGAUGUCGUUUUGGCAUAUGAGCCUGUGUGGGCUAUUGGAACCGGGAAGGUUGCUACUCCAGCUCAAGCUCAGGAAGUACAUUUUGAGUUGAGGAAAUGGCUUCAGGCUAAUGUUAGUCCCGAAGUUGCUGCAUCAACCCGGAUUAUUUAUGGAGGGUCCGUCACUGCUGCAAACUGCAAGGAACUAGCAGCUCAGCCUGAUGUUGAUGGUUUCUUGGUCGGUGGAGCUUCACUUAAGCCGGAGUUCAUUGAUAUCAUAAAAUCUGCUGAGGUGAAGAAGAAUGCCUAAGGUUUUCGGUUGGAAGCUUUGAGAGUACUUGCAGUAGCUGUUGCUUGGGAAUGGAAGGUUUAGGAUCUGUUGCAUAAUAAGAGUUUUAUAAAGAAAAUAAAAUACUAAUUUUCAAGGAAUAAUUCAUGCUUUGAUUCACACCAGUACCUUAAACUGGAUUUUCUGUACUAUUAACAUGUUUUACUGUUUCCCGAGAAAUGCAUUUUUCAUUUCAAUAA